GAAACAUCAGCAGGCAUGCAGGACCCAAACGCAGACACCGAGUGGAACGAUAUCCUGAGGAAGAAGGGGAUUCUGCCUCCGAAAGAAACGCCGGUGGAGGAAGAAGAGGAUGAGCAGCUUCAUCUUCAGUCUCAGUCUGUGGUGAAGACCUAUGAGGACAUGACCCUGGAGGAGCUGGAGGAGAAUGAAGACGAGUUCAGUGAAGAAGACGAGCACGCUAUGGAGAUGUACAUCCCGCUGUGUUCGCUCAUUAAUCAGCAUCUGGCUCAACUGGCCCGCAAGUUUCCUCAGAGUAAGUUCCUGAAGUCCAUCUCCAGCACCUGCAUCCCCAACUACCCCGACCGCAACCUGCCCACGCUGUUCGUGUACCGCGACGGAGAGAUGAAGGCGCAGUUCAUCGGCCCGCUGGUGUUCGGAGGGAUGAACCUCACCUGUGACGAGCUGGAGUGGCGUCUGUCAGAGUCUGGAGCUGUGAAGACAGAUCUGGAGGAAAACCCCAGAAAACAGAUCCAGGAUCAGCUAAUGACAUCCAUCCGCUGCUCAACACACACACACCGAGACGGAGAGGAAGACUCUGAUGAAGACUGAUGCUGGACACACUCCAAGACAGAGAGGAAGACUAAUGUUGGAGGAACACACACACACAAGUCCCCAUGAGUCUGUGUGCAUUCGGGUUUAAGUCCCCACAAGGAUAUAAAAACUAGUACACGCACAUACACUCUCUUUUGCACACAAAAACACUGUCACACACACACACACACACACACACACAAUAACACAAUAUCACAAGCAGGUCUGUUUUUCUGAGUUGUGGGGACAUUCCGUAGGUUGUCAUUGUUUUUCUACUGUACACACUGAAUGUCCUCUCACCUGUGCCCAGGUUACAACUUCACCGCUACAGGAAGCUGUGCAGUUCUGCCUUCUGAAACCUUAUUGUGUGAUUUAGAAGUACUUUGAGAACGUCCUCACAAUUCACCUUCUCCAGCAGUGCCCAUGACAUUAUACACGUCCCUUGUGUUUAUAACACACACACACACGUCUGUGCCAUCCAGAAGAGCAGGAGUGGGUCUGAAACACACUUGUAAACCAGCCCUCAGUAAACAGACUGGUGGCCAUGUUUGUGUUUGCUUUAUUUUAUAUGAGAUUUGUAAUAAUGCAGCCUUUUUCAGUUCAGCGCUCGUCUCCAUUUAAUAUAUAAAAGUGGUUUAUUUG